UUAAGUUGAAACAUAGAAAAACAUAGAAAAAAGCCAACGGCCAGCGAAGGGUUAAAGUUGUAUACGGUAAAUAGCGAAACUUGAAGCUCAGUGUUGCGGGCAGCGAUCAGUGUGCAAUAUGGCCGAUCACAAAUUAGCAACAAUAAUAAAGGGCAAGAAAACAUGCGAUAUAAGCUAAAGCCAACGACCAGUCAAGGGUUAAACUUGCAAACGGUAAAUCGCGAAAGUUGAAGCUCAGUUUUGCGGGCAGCAAUCAGUGUGAAAGAUGGCCGCUAAGCAGCAGCAACAACAAGAACAAGAACACCAACCAAAUGCCACUAUGGCAAGCAGUUCACGACCAGGACGUCGUCCACUGCCAAUGCCACCGGACGAUUUGAUACGCAACACCAUAGCACGAAGUUUGACGCAGAUUGUGGUGAAUAUGCAAAAUGUGGAAAUGAAGCAAAAGUGUCGCGAGCUUUUGCAGGUGGAGGACUUGACGCAGGGGGCGCACGUUAGAAUUCUGGCGGCGCUGGAGCAGAUCGACGAGCAGCGCGAACGAAAAGCCAACGAGGACAAGCAUCGUAGGUCCAAAAAACACAAUUGA